AUGGCGUCGUCCCCGCGCUCCGCCAUGGAUGAGGAUGAGGUGAGCGAAGUGAUCAGCACCAACGCGCUGGCCUGGCUGGUGUGCUCAGCCGUGUCCAUCCUGGCCAACGCCUGGGGCAUCCUGAGCGUCAGCGCCAAGCAGAAGAAGUGGAAGCCGCUGGAGUUCCUCAUCUGCACGCUGGCCGGCACACACAUCCUUAACAUGGCCAUCCCCAUCACCAUGUACUGCGUCAUCACCCUGCGCCGACAGCACUCCAGCUACCAGUGGAAUGAGGGCCUGUGCAAGGUGUUUGUGUCCACCUUCUACACCCUGACGCUGGUCACCUGCUUCUCAGUCACCUCACUCUCCUACCACCGCAUGUGGAUGGUGCGCUGGCCCGUCAACUACAGGUUGAGUAAUACCAAGAAGCAGGCGGUGCACACGGUGAUGGGCAUCUGGAUGGUGUCCUUCAUCCUGUCCACGCUGCCCGCCGUGGGCUGGCACGACACCAUCGACCGCUUCUAUGCCCGCGACUGCCGCUUCAUCGUCACGGAGAUCGGCCUGGGCUUCGGCGUGUGCUUCCUGCUGCUGAUCGGCGGCAGCGUGGCCAUGGGCAUCAUCUGCAUCGGCAUUGCCCUCUUCCAGACCUUCGCCAUCCACGCGGGCCACAAGGCAGACAAGAACAAGUUCAACGUGCCCACCAUCGUGGUGGAGGACGCGCAGGGCAAGCGGCGCUCGUCCAUCGACGGCUCGGAAUCGCUCAAGACCUCGCUGCAGAUCACCUACCUGAUCAGCGGCAUCGUCUUCAUUUAUGACUUCCUCACCGGCUUCCCCAUCCUGGUGGUGAGCUUUGCCAGUCUGAAGUACGACCGCUCCUACAGCUGGAUGGUGCUGUGCGUGCUGUGGUGCUCCAUCGCUCAGUCCAUCCUGCUGCCCAUGUUCCUGUGGGCGUGCGACCGCUACCGCGCAGACGUGCGCAUGGUCUGGGAGAAGUGUGUGGCCAUCAUGUCCAACGACGACGUGGACGAAGAAAACAGCCAAGAUGGAGGAAUUCAUGCGGACUUAAUAUAUGACAGACCAUAUGACUAUAGCUCCGCGGCUGAUAUCAUGACGGUAGACCGUAUUGCCAAGUACGAAUACUCAACCUUAGACAUGGGGGUCCCACAAGGGUAUCCAUUGCAACUACAGGAAGAUAAAAUGCAGUAUUUGCAGGUACCCCCUACAAGAAGAUUCUCCCACGACGAAACCGACAUGUGGACCAGCGGCCAGAUCCCCUCCUACCUACACCACUGGGGCUCCACGGAGGACGUGAUGGGGAUGGUCCAUUACAACUCCAGCUUGCCACGCCACGAGAGGCGCAGGAGCAGCCCGGUCUCCUACCACGAGGAGAGCCACCCGCACCGCAAGCGCCGGCGCUCAGAGGAUAGCGGGCACAUGCUCAAGCAGCUACCGCGGGUGAGCGUUGGCGAGCGCUACGAGGAGGCAGAUUUGCGCUGCUUUAGCCGUGACGAGGUCAUCAACUUUAUCGAUGAGACCCCGCUUCCCAGUCCCAUGAAGAGCCCACGCCGCACCUCCACCAUUUCCCUCAUCCCAGACGUCUACGAGCAGCACAUUAUAUUGUACCCGCAUUUCCCGCUCACCGAUUUUGAGCGUGAGCCCCAUGCCCUGCGGCGCCUCUCGCAGCACGGCAGGAGCUGUAGUCGGGGAGGGUCACCAGAUGGCUCACACAGGGCAGACAGGGCGUGCAGUGGGGAAAUCUCCGGGGCAUGCCGUUCAGGUUCCCUCCGUGAGCACCGGCGGGAGGGGAAGCGCCAAGGCGAACUAGUCCCCACGGGGCAAAGCCUGAGGACUGGGGAGCACUCGUCUCACAGGCCCAGCAGGACAGGAGCCCACAGAGCUGGGCCCGACUGGGGGGGACACAAGCACCUGACUACGGGAGACAGUAAAGGGAGCACAAAUAGUUUUAUAAGCUCACCUUCUGCAUCAGCCUCGGGAUAUAUCACAUUUCACUCAGAUUCCAUAGGAUCUGCCACCUAG